AUGGCCACCACCGCAGUCAAGAAGGCGAAAGCCAACGGCUUCAUGAGCCUGGUGACAACGUCACAAAGCGGCGCCUUCGAUCAAACAAGCACUGCUCGGGACGCACCACCCGAUCUGUCUGAGACGGACCUUGGGCAGUAUCUCACCGACACGGGUGCGGAGUGGCACUGCACCACUGUGGUUCUUCAACGGCAUACAAAAAUUUUGACACACGCUUCUCCUCCCCACACAAUCCGUGGUCGAGAGGACAGACCGCAGAAUCCCACCUCGACCGACUAUGUCGAGGCGGCGGAGGAGAGUGGCUCUAACGUCAAUCGGGGUGACGACCAUCCGCGCGAGUGUACGCUCAUGAUCCAGAACCUCGGCAUGAGCACGCCCCUGAAGGUGACGGUGCUGGAGUGUGAUACACCAGAAGAGAAGAAGGCUGUGGUGUGCGCGCUGGUCACUCUGACACAGACACUGGCACAGGAUAUCACACUCAACUCAGGUGUCAAGCGUCGACCCGAGCCGGAUGGAGAUCCGCGGAAGCGGGUUCACAUGCAUACCGGUCAACCAGCAGCCAGUUCAGAAUCUGGACCAACCUCGACGGCUCUCGGAUGCCCACCGCACACGCCAGGAGUCGAGUGA